GGGAAAACGUUUUCUGACGUGACGAAACAAAACUCUGCGGGCAGAAGUAAUUAGUUUAAAUUGAGUAUUUCUUCAUUUUUUGAAAUUUUGGGGUAAAGAUGUCAGUUUCUAUGUAUACAGCUGUAGCACCUGUUAAUAUUGCUGUGAUAAAAUACUGGGGUAAAAGGAACGAAGAUUUAAUUUUGCCUGUUAAUGAUUCUAUCAGUGUGACUCUGUCAAAGAAUAUCAUGAGUGCCAAAACAACAGUAGCCUGUUCUGAACAUUUUAAAAGUGACAAAAUAUGGUUGAAUGGGAAAGAGGAAGAUACAACAAAGCCUCGUCUUCAGAAAUGCAUUGAGCAAAUGAAGAAAUGUUCAAGAAAUAAAAAAUAUUUAAAAUGGCAUUUACACAUUUGCUCCAAGAAUAACUUCCCCACUGCUGCAGGCUUAGCUUCUUCAGCUGCUGGAUUUGCAUGUUUAGUGAAAGCCCUUGCUGCUCUGUAUGAUGUUGAUGAUGAGCUGUCUCUCAUUGCAAGACAAGGAUCUGGCAGUGCAUGCCGUAGUAUGUUUGGAGGAUUUGUACGUUGGCUUGCCGGACAAGAAAAUGAUGGAUCUGAUUCUUUAGCAACACAAAUUGCUGCCCAAGAAUUCUGGCCUGAGUUAAAAGUCAUCAUUCUAGUUGUUAAUGCUAACAAAAAGGGUAUAAGCAGUACUACAGGCAUGAAACAAAGUGUUUUGACAAGCUCAUUAUUAAAAUAUAGGGCAUCUAAUAUUGUACCUGCCAGAGUGGAGGCAAUAACUGAAGCAAUCUUGCUAAAAGAUUUUGAAAAAUUUGCUGAAAUCACAAUGAAGGACAGUAAUCAGUUUCAUGCUGUAUGCCUUGAUACUUUCCCUCCUGUACAUUACUUAAAUUCUAUAUCAUAUGUGAUCAUGGAAUUAGUUCAUGCAUACAAUGACUUUUACCACAAAAAUAAGGUUGCAUAUACAUUUGAUGCUGGUCCCAAUGCCUGCCUUUUCUUAUUGAAACAGGAUGUACCAGAAGUAAUUUCAUUAAUUAAAAAUAUAUUUCCUUCAUCUACUGAUGACAAUGAAUUUAUUCGAGGAUUGGAUGUUUCUCCAUGUGAUAUUUCUGAGGAACUUCUAAGUAGUAUUCCAAUUUCUCCUCAGCCGGAUUCAAUACAGUAUAUUAUAAAUACAGAGGUUGGAACUGGACCAGAAAUUAUUCAGGAUCCUGCAGAGCAUUUAUUGAAUGAAUUUGGACUUCCUUUGUAAAGUUUUAAAAGCAGAAAAUUUUAUUUUUUUUAUGAAUAAAGUUAGUUUUCAAAAA